AGGAGCCCAGGCAAAGGGGCGGAAGCGCAAACAAGAGCCCAAGGCCAGUCCCUGUGUGCUUGGAGUUUGCGCUCUGAGGCGCAAAAGGAGCCGCGUCCUGUGCCGAGACGAUAUCUCAUUCCUGGUUUGACCUGGAGUGAACACCAUGAGCAAUUACAGCGUAUCUCUGGUUGGGCCGGCCCCUUGGGGUUUCAGGCUUCAAGGGGGCAAGGACUUCAACAUGCCUUUGACCAUCUCUCGGUUAAGUGAUGGAGGCAAAGCAGCUAAUGCAAAUGUUGGAAUAGGUGACAUAGUUCUCAGUAUUGAUGGGAUAAGUGCAGAUGGCAUGACUCACCUAGAAGCACAAAACAAGAUCAAGACCUGUACAGGAAAACUGACUAUGAAUCUGCAAAGGACACCUGCAGCUCCCAAGCCUGAUCCUAUACCUGUACAGCUGGUAGAGCCUAAGGAGAUAGUUAAGCCUGUGCCCAUUGCAUCCGCAGUUGUGCCCAAAGUUUCAUCCGCAACCAACAUGGCCUUCAAUAAAGCCCCAAGGCCAUUUGGGGCUGUAUCAUCCCCCAAGGUCACUUCCAUUCCAUCACCAUCGUCUGCCUUCACUCCAGCCCAUGCGAGUGCGUCAUCACGUGCUUCUCCUCCACCACUGGCCACUGUCACGCCUCCCACAUUCACUGCCUCUGGACUGCAUGCUAAUGCCAAAUCUAAUCCUGGCCAACGUUCUCCCAUAUUGAGUGCUGCCAAACCUGCAGUUAAUAUCCCAUGGCAGCCCACACACAAUGCGUCCUUCAGCGAAAAUGCCCAGGAGGUGACAGAGGGGCAACGCAGAGGAUUCAAAGAGAACCAGAUUGACAAUAAAGAACAAAAUGGUCCACCACGGAAGCAUGUUGUAUAUACGAAUACGGAGUUUUUCCAUCCACCAACUCACAGCAACCACAGCAAGAAGCGGCUGAUUGAGGAUACUGAGGACUGGCACCCAAGAACAGGAACAACGCAGUCACGUUCCUUCCGCAUCCUUGCACAAAUCACUGGGACUGAACACAUGAAAGAACCAGAACCUGAUCAUUCAAAAAAAUCAAAGGAUAGUCAAACAGAAAAUGGAGAUUGGAGCUUCUCUACAGAUUUAAUGAAUGGAUUGGAGACACAGUGCCCAAGUUCAGUAGCUACUCAGACCUGUGAGAUAUUUGAUGUGUCAGAACAACCAGUGUUACUUUCAACAGCUGAAAGGGAAGAAGCAAAUUCAGCUAGCCCCAUCUUGCUAAGUGACCCAGCUCCUACGGCUGUUUCUUUUACCAAGCUUUCUGGAACUGCUCUCUCCAUUUCCUCUUCCAAGAGAGAACUUAUUUUCAAGAAUCCCCUGGAAGCCCUACCAAAGUGUGCACCUCAUCCACCUGCUGCUGUUCAUAUUUUAAACAAUAACCAGCAAGUAGCCAUUGUGACCAAAACAGCCUCAAGUUACAUUAGAUCAAAUAGGAUAAAAACUGGUUCUCCGGUGUUGAAUGCCCCAGAUGUUGCAUCAUUGAGGGCAGAUGGAGCUGAUCAUAAAAGGAACCAACCGGUGAUGAUUUCAGAAGCAACUCAGACCUCUGAGCUGCUGGUUUCCCCAGUUGUUCCUGUAGAACCUACUUUAGCUGCCCAGUCUGUGAAACCUGAAGUGGUACCUACAGUUACUGACAGGACGUUGCCAAUGGAAAAUCCAUUAGGAAGUUGCCCAACACUUUCUGCUGUACCUUCAACUUCACUUUCAAGGGUGAUACCAUCACAAGUUAGGAAUAGUGCUGCUGCAGCUGCCGUAUCUACUGCUGUUGCUAUAAGGGCCAGAUUCUCCCAUCAGAAUACAUAUCGUUCACUCUUGGAUGCUCUUCUCAUUACUCCUAUUAUUAAACCUCCACCUCUGGAAAGUAGACCAUCAAGGAAAUCAACAAGUAUUUUGGACAUGCAAAGGAACUGGACAUAUGAUCCUCUGGAGCCUGCUCAGUAUACUGCUGCCACAGUAAAAAGCAUGCCUGAAACCCCAGAAAACGAUGUGAACAGGACAGUGCUUGCAAGUACAGCAUCAGUACCAGCCUUGAAGCCAGCAGAACCCCAGUAUGCUGUCAAAACAUCAGGAUGGCAGUCUUCUAAUCAGCCAGCUGGAAGUGGUUGGAUAUCAAACAGUACUAUUGGAUCUGGAGCAACUGUCUCAAGCGAAAAAACUACAGCAGAUGUAUUAACGGAUGAAGACACCUUGGUUCAGCGAGCAGAACAUAUUCCAGCAGGAAAGCGAACUCCAAUGUGUGCCCACUGCAAUCAAGUAAUUAGAGGGCCUUUUCUAGUGGCCUUGGGGAAAUCCUGGCAUCCAGAGGAGUUUAAUUGUUCCCACUGCAAAACCUCCAUGGCUUACAUUGGCUUUGUAGAAGAGAAAGGAGCUCUUUAUUGCGAAGGCUGUUAUGAGAAGUUUUUUGCCCCGGACUGCACCCGAUGCCAGAGGAAGAUACUGGGAGAAGUAAUAAAUGCUUUGAAACAAACCUGGCAUGUUUCCUGCUUUGUGUGUGUGGCCUGCCACAAGCCCAUUCGGAACAAUGUUUUCCACCUGGAAGAUGGUGAUCCCUACUGUGAGACAGAUUAUUAUGCCCUCUUUGGUACUAUGUGCCAUGGUUGUGAAUUUCCCAUUGAAGCUGGAGAUAGGUUCCUGGAAGCCUUGGGCCACACUUGGCAUGAUACCUGCUUUGUAUGCUCAAUAUGCUGUGACAGUCUGGAGGGUCAGACUUUCUUCUCCAAGAAGGACAAGCCCUUGUGCAAGAAACAUGCUCACUCUGUAAACAUCUGAAAGGAAACAGAAUUGCAAGAAGAGGAAGUUAUCCUCUACUGGUUUUCAAUAGGCUUACUAAAAUAUUUAUGUAGAACCUUAAAAUUGUAGAUGUGAAGUUGCAGGAAGGAGUAGGGCUUAUGACAGUUCACGUAGAAUAAAAGGGAGAAUCUAGAGUGAACCACAGUGGUAGUAUCAGAAAGAAGUGAGGUGAAUAUUUUAAAUUACAGCAAGCCUUCAGGAUAAUGUUGAUUGCUUAGUUGGGUUUUUAUUUUAAUGAUACCUUCUGCAAAAAAAAAAGUUCAUUAUGUGUGACUUUUGUUGCUCAAUUUGCUUUGCCAUUUAAGUGCCAACACAUGAUAAAUAGCUUAGAGUCACAAUACAAUUAAAAAUAGAGUUUGUUACCCUUUUGCAAGCAAGGCAGGCAGUAUAAUUGAGGAUUCCACUGUGAAUAAUUAAUUGGUUUAAGUGGAAUUCUAGUUAGUGUCUUUCUCUGUCCAUUUGAUACUUUCAUCAAGAAAUCAGGGAAUGGUGUUGACCACCUACUGAAGAUCUGCUUCAGUAGGUGUCACUGAAGAUCUGCUUCAGUAGGUGUCACAUGGAGUCCUUCAUGGUGGAUUGAAGGAUGAAGCACAGAAUGGUAAUCCCUGAAAAUUAUGACCUUCCUUGUCCUGCUCAUAGAGGUCUUCCAUCAGUAAAGAUUAUCUGCUUUUACCCUUUAACUGAUUUAUAUUGUUGUAUUAUGUUUUUCAAAAGUAUAACUAGAAACAUGAUGGUAUGAAAGAGUGCAUUCAUAUCAUAAGUAAUUAGAGAAUUGGAAACAGAAGAUGAUUAAACCCUAUUAUUUUGACUCAUACAUAUAGAGAUUUGCAUUCAUUUUUUCUGAAAUGAUAAAGAGAAAGUAACUAAAAUUUUAUGUACUAGGUAAUGAGAUACUUGGCCAUGCAGAAAAUAGGUUUUACGAGCAUUCAAGAAUACAAUGAAACUUAGCUGCUCCUAAGAUGUAGCAAAUAUAAGAUGUCUGAGGAUUAAUUAGGGUGGGAGUUAAGAAUGAGUUGGAUAAUAUAAGUUUACUUCUUACAUCUUUUUUUUUUUUGAAAAUGUACUUCUGCUUCUGUGUGCACAUAGUAAUUCUUUUGGUUUAAUAAAUACAAAAGGGAAAGGUGGAGAAUGAGACAGCAUUUAUGUCUUAGAGACAAGAUUCAUUACUGUAUCAUUGCACAGGAAAGUCAAGAAAUACUGAGAUUAUUCAUUUUGCUGUGGCCUUUCUGUUAGCUACCUUCAUUGUAUACAAAUACAUUAUGAAUUCUGUUUAGUUACUAUUGUAAUACACAAUGCUUGCUUGUCUGCCAUAAUCUGUAAAUAUAUGAAUUGGUUGAAGAAA